CAUCGCAUACUCACCUUCAAUUCUUAUUAAUGGAAUCCCACAAACCCAUUUGCAGUACACUCAAAGCCACUGCCUACUUACUUCUGGUAGUCCUCACCGUGACAUGCGCUACAUCAGCUCGAAUCCUCGACGAGCAAUCCCCUGCACCGGCAACCAUUCCUGUUGAAACACCUACGGCAGACGUACCACCAGAUGCAGCGGCGGCUAAAACUACAACGAGUGCCGCCACCGUCAAUACGGACCCCCACCACCCAUUAUCCUUCUUCAUGCACGACAGACUUGGUGGGUCAAACCCCUCAGCCCUGGCCGUGACUGGAAUUGUGAACAACCCGGCGGUGAACGGUCAAGUCCCUUUUGCAAGGCCCAACGGUGCCGUUCUCCCUGUCAACAACGGCGUUCCCCUCAACAACGACAACAGAGGGAUUAUCAACAACAACAACAUUCCAUUCCUCACUGGCCUUGGCGGCAGCACAUCCACUGUCAUUCAGAACAAUGGCAACAAUGGUGGUUUCGGGGUCCCUCUGGUGAAUGGAGCCCAGCUUCCCGCAGGGACCACCAUCCAGAAACUUAUGUUCGGGACGAUGACAGUGAUCGACGACGAGCUGACCGAAGGACAUGAACUUGGGUCUGGAAUGGUUGGAAAGGCACAAGGGUUCUAUGUGACCAGCUCGGAGGACGGCAGUAGCCAGACCAUGGCAUUCACCGCAAUGUUCGAAAGCGGCAACUAUGCUGACAGCCUGAGUUUCUUCGGGGUUCACCGAACGGCCGUAUCGGAGUCUCAGCUGGCCAUUAUGGGUGGCACUGGAAAGUACGUAAAUGCCAAAGGAUACGCAACGCUGAAAACCGCCAUUCCCAAUGCCAACCAGCAAACAACCGAUGGAGAAGAAACUUUGCUGGAGGUUACCGUCUAUCUCACAUAUUAAGGGGUGUCAACUUCAAGUGUUAAACGACUAGCUAAUUAAUUAUCAAAUAUGUUGAGAUAUUCUCUCUAUAUAUGAAGUGACCAAGAGUAGAUUAUUACAUCCUGGUUUGUUGGAAAAAAUACGUAAUAUGUGGAUUGUUCUGUUUUUAUGAAUGAAUCUAGUUAAGUUUCCUCUUUCAAUUGCUUCCUUUUAA